CUCCCUCCAUCGCAACCAUGGACCAAGCAAAGCUCCAACGUCUUCAAAAUGCCGUGCGCAUCGGCGGAAAGGGUACUCCCAGAAGAAAGGUCAAGAAGGUCAACAGAUCCGGUGGUGGUGACGACAAGAAGCUCCAGGCCGCUCUCAAGAAGAUGAACGUCCAGCCCAUUCCCGCCAUUGAGGAGGUCAACAUGUUCAAGUCGGACGGCAACGUCAUCCACUUCGCCGCCCCCAAGGUUCACGCCGCCAUCCCCUCCAACACCUUCGCCAUCUACGGCAACGGUGAGGACAAGGAGCUGACCGAGCUCGUCCCCGGCAUCCUCAACCAGCUUGGCCCCGACUCGCUCGCUUCCCUCCGCAAGCUCGCUGAGAGCUACCAGAGCAUGCAGAAGGGCGUUGAGGGUGAGAACAAGGAGCAGGACGAUGAUGACAUCCCCGACCUUGUCGAGGGCGAGAACUUCGAGGGCAAGGCUGACGUCGAGUAAACGUCGCCAAUCAACAAUCCCCGACUGCAAUAAAAGCAAAAAUCUACUUGUCAAUCGCAUUUCCUUCUCGUCACGCUGCUUCCGGUGCUGCGUGUGGCAAUCCGGUCAUCUUUCGUCUUCUGUUAUGCCCGGGAUGAGCUAGGAUUGAUCUCGAUACAAUCCCGCCAUCCCUAUGAAUGUACGUUCCCAACCUCUGGCAAGCUUGGCUGUAGACCAUGUAUUAUGACUCGGAGUCUGUUGGUCUCAUACAGGCCUAAAUGGAAUGCUGAAUGCAGGUUCAUGUGCCUUUCGGUAUGCAGUACAGUAGCUUGGGCAACCUUUCACUUCCGAAUUGUGAAUGUGUCUAUUAUUUGCUUUGCGCCAUGUGCGUUGCUUCUGAUGCCACAGUUACCAAAUUCUUGUCCUUCAUUCCUCCCAUCCUAAUUUUGAUGUGCAUCCUGUCACUGGG